UUAAGAGUCAUAUCUUAGCCAAAAGAAACAUCACAUAAUGGCUUCUAGUUCUCCUUGUCAAAUAUUCCUUGUGUUUGUUAUGGUCACUUUGGUCACAUCAUUAAUCCCUAGCAACGCAUUGCUCACUCCUCAUUUUUAUGAUAAUGUUUGCCCUCAAGCAUUACCAACCAUAAAGUCAGUUGUUCUCCAUGCAAUUCUUAGGGAAAAACGCAUUGGAGCAUCUCUUCUACGCUUGCAUUUUCAUGACUGCUUCGUUAAUGGUUGUGAUGGAUCAGUCCUGCUAGAUGAUACCCCAAAUUUCACUGGGGAGAAGACAGCUCUUCCAAAUAUUAAUUCAAUCAGAGGAUUUUCUGUGGUUGAUGAAAUCAAAGCAGCUGUUGAUAAAGUAUGCAAAGGCCCUGUUGUAUCUUGUGCUGAUAUUUUAGCCACAGCAGCUCGUGAUUCUGUAGCCAUAUUGGGAGGUCCACAAUUUUUCUACAAUGUGUUAUUGGGAAGAAGAGAUGCAAGAACAGCAAGCAAAGCAGCUGCAAAUGCAAAUCUUCCAUCUCCAACAUUCAACUUCUCGCAGCUUAUUUCCAAUUUCAAAUCACAAGGUUUAAAUGUAAAAGACCUAGUAGCUCUUUCUGGUGGCCACACUAUAGGGUUUGCUAGGUGCACUACAUUUAGAAACAGAAUUUACAAUGAAACAAACAUUGAUCCUAUUUUUGCAGCAUCUUUAAGGAAGACAUGUCCUAGAAAUGGUGGAGACAACAAUUUAACACCACUUGAUUUCACUCCUACAAGAGUUGAAAAUACAUAUUAUAGAGAUUUGCUAUACAAAAGAGGUGUCCUUCAUUCUGAUCAACAAUUGUUUAAGGGACAAGGUAGUGAAAGUGACAAAUUGGUGCAGCUAUAUAGUAAGAACACUUUUGCUUUUGCUAGUGAUUUUAAGACUUCUUUGAUCAAGAUGGGGAACAUCAAGCCUCUUACCGGGAGACAAGGCGAGAUUCGACUCAAUUGCAGAAGGGUCAGAUAGAGUUGUGAUAUCUUAAACGGACCUACUUAUCUCGAGGGAUUAAUAUUUAUUUUCAAUUAAGAAUAAGAAAUACUCUUUUCAAUUUUAAAUAUAAGCAAAAAAAUAUAAAUAGAAAUGUAUUUUUUUUGCUUAUAUUUGAGAUCAAAGAGAGUGUACGGUGAAUUCGAAAAGAAAAAAGGUCUAAAAUGUAAUAAGGGGGCACGAGACACUUGGUUGAGAAAUCAUAUAAUAUUAGUAUGCCUGGUUAUGUAAUAUUAUAUGUUGGAGGACUUUGUAUUAUUUAAGUUAUAGGUUCAAAUGGCAUGGACCUGUCAAGUGUCAAAAAUUGAAAGUUAGUUAAAUAAGAGAUGUUGAGUUUUUAUGUUA